AUGGCACACAGCUAUUUCUCCGGGCCCUGCGUGCCCUCGGCCUCCGCCGUCUCCGUCUGCUCCAGUGACGUGAGCCGCAGCAGCAACGUCUGCUUGCCCAGCUCAUGCCCGGGGGACUCCUCCUGGCAGCUGGACGACUGCCCAGAGAGCUGCUGUGAGCCCUGCGGCUGCGACCCCUCCUGCUGCCCGGCCCCGUGCUGCCCGCCCGCCUCCUGCCUCACCCUCGUGUGCCGGCCGGUCUGCUGCGUGCCCGCCUCCUGCCAGCCAUGCCCAAGUAUCUGCUCCCCCUCCUGCUGCCAGUCCACUGGCUGUGGGUCUUCCUGCUGCCAAGCCUGUCCCUGUGCCCCGGGCCAAUCCUGCUGCUGUUUGCCCGUGUGCUGCAAGCCCAGCUGCAUUGCCCUGUCUCUGUGCUGCCAGCCCAGCUGCUGUGGCCCCUCCUGCUGCCAGCCUACAUGCUGCUGUAGUCCCUCCUGCUGCAAACCUGCCUGCUGUGUGCCCCUCACCUGCCGACCAGUGUGCAGACCAGCCGCCUGCUGUGUGCCCCUCUCCUGUAAACCUACCUGCUGCACCUCCUCCUCCUCUUGCUGCUGUGGCCCCUCCUGCUGCCCAGCCCCCUGCUGCUGCCGCCCCACCUCCUCUGUGUCCCUCAUCUGCAG